GUUCGGAGUUUCGGACGUAGGUCGUAGUCGCACACCGCACACACGCAGUAAACGGCGUCCGCGUUUUGAGGUGUCCGCUCAGUGCUGUGACUGGUGCCGUGCUAUGCGUUCGCCGACGGUCAUCGUUUCGGGUGGUGCACGGGAUCGUCAUCGGUGCUGCAGUCGUCACUGCGUUUGACCGCUGCUAAGUGCUAAGUGUUUCACUGCGCGGAGUAGUAGGCGCGCGCGCCCGCGCAGAUGCACGUUACGACUAUUAUUAUAUUUCGUAUUUUUGAGUAGUUCGCCGGCACGUAUUAUAAUAGCAAACAUAAUAUAAUACGCUUAACGAGCUAAUAACAAAAACAACGGCGACAUAUUAUUUUAUAUAAUAGCGCGGCGGUAAUAUCAAUUUUAAAAUAUUAUAAUACCUAUAGUGCUUUUGACAAUAGUAUAAUAAAUAGCGCGGGCGACAUCAUGGCUGAGACGGUAAUAGUGUCGGACGACGCGACGGCGACCAGUACAUCGGCGCUCGUCGACCAGAUAAUYGUGGCCAAGACGUUCGCCAUGCUCGUCCUGGGCCUGGGCUCGUUCGUGCUGGGCGUUGUGCCCCUGAAGCUGACCAAGUGGUGGCGGAUGGAUCCCGCGGCCGCCGCGCCGUCACACCAAACCGGCGGUCACUCGCACGGAGGUGACUCGGCCACGGGYUCGCCGGCCGUGUCGCUGCUGCUGUGCUUCGGUGGCGGCGUGCUGUUGUUCACCACGCUGCUGCACCUGCAGCCUGAAGUCCGGGAGGGCGUCGGCCGGUUACAAAAGUCCGGACAGCUGCCCAACGGACAGGGCACCGAGCACCUGGGAGACCUGAUAUUCUGCGCCGGAUUUUUCAUGGUGUUCAUCGUGGACGAAAUCGUGCACUCGGUGCUGGACCGAUGCGCGGCCAGCCACGUGGACCGCAGCUCCGCCGAGGAGGUGCUGCACCGGUCGAUGAGUUUGAGGCGGCGGACCAUGUCCAUACCGAGAGCCUCACUGGCCGGCAGUGGUGGCUCGCCCAGCUCCGUUCCGUCGGUGACGGGUGGCAUGUCGGUGACCAGCAACAAGGAGUUGCUGCAAAACGAGUUGUCUUGUAAGCCACACGACAAGCGGUAUCGACCGGCGGCCUGGGAGUCCGGUGGCACGGCACCGUCGUCCAUUCGGUUCACGCAUCACCAGCAACGAGUCGACGACGAUGACACCGAAAAACAAAUGAAGCUGCAAAGCGGCGGCGGGCCCGGGGGCGUCGAUGGUGACCAUUCGUUCCGCGGACUGUUCGCUGUGCUGGCGCUUUCGUUUCACGAGGUGUUCGAAGGCUUGGCCAUAGGGCUGGAGGAGCGCGUCGACAACAUGUGGUACCUGUUUAUCGCCGUGGCCACGCACAAGCUGGUCAUCGCCUUCUGCAUAGGCCUGGAACUGGCCUGGUCCAAGACCCGGCGGCCCGUGCUCGUCAUGUACGUGGCCACGUUCGCCGUCGUCACGCCCGUGGGCAUUGUGAUCGGCAUGGUACUGGUACAGUGUGGCACUGGCGGUGCCGUGGACGGUUCUCCGGGACGCGUGGCCGUCAUCCUGCAGGGACUAGCCGCCGGCACGCUGCUGUACGUCGUAUUCUUCGAAGUGCUCGCCAGGCACAAACAGUCAGGAUUCUUGCACCUGUUGUCCAUAAUGUUCGGAUUCAGUAUUCUGCUCGUAAUGCAAAUGAUGAGUGAGUACAGCACUUAA